AUGUUUUCGGAAAGUGUCGACGAAAAUGUAUCGUCCGAUAGCAGUAACGAAGACGAAAAACAUUUUCAAGAGCUGUAUUUCAAUCAAAAAUCUCUAAAUUUUAAAUCGGAAAUGGAAUUUUUAAACUUGAGAUUCAAAACCAUAGGUGAAAACAUACGUAAAGAGAAAACAAAAAUCGGUAAAAAUUUUCAUAAUGAUAUCGUCUCUCAUAAAUUUUCCAUCGAUAAUAUUCUGGGCCAGCUGAAAAAUAACCAAAGUGAAAGUGACGCUGAUAUCAAUAAAGAUGAACAGUUUGCAGACUACGAUAUCAAAUUUCCUUUGAAAUCUCCUAAUGACGACGCAGUAGAUAUUACAGAAAUAACCGAAGAUGGCCAAGUCACACCAAAAGAUCUUAAAGAUUCGUUAUCAAUUUAUUCAUCUUUAGGAUUCGCCCAUCCCGCAACAUUUCUUUACGGUGGAUGGUUCGCUGCGACGGCUGCGGCCUUAUCUGGAAACUCUUCGAGCAAUUUCUUAGGUCUUCAAGCUCCGAAGCCAGUAGGGCGGAGAUCUCGUAAACCAGGCUUAGAUAGAAAACCGAGGCAAGCGUAUAGUGCCAAACAACUAGAAAGAUUAGAAUCCGAGUUUAAGAUAGACAAGUACCUAAGCGUUAGCAAACGUAUGGAAUUAUCGAAAGCUUUGAAUCUGACGGAAGUGCAAAUUAAAACCUGGUUUCAGAAUCGUCGCACAAAAUGGAAGAAACAGUUGGCGUCUAGGUUAAAAAUGGCCACGCAUCGUCAAGGCGCCCCUUUAUAUUUUCCCGCAGCCCAUCAAUACCCUUCUCUAUUCUCGAAUCCGUCUUACUACGUUUCAUCGGCAGCGGCUGCUUCUUCUGGCUUAAAUUAUCUUUUCAACGGUACUUUCGAUUUAACUCAAGAUAACGUCUCCACCGCCACAACUUCUGAUUCGGCAACCACUGUGGCUCAGGGUGUUAGUGGUGCUGCUGCUCCAGUUACAGCACCUAUCAUUGAAAAAACCGCUGAAUCCAAAUCUGAACUUUAAUUACUUUGAUGGCAGCAUAUCUCAUUAUGUACCUUUUUAAUUAAUAUAUCCC